AUGUCUGGAGAAUUUAGCGACACUGCUUAUGAAGGCUCGCCAGGGAUCGUCUAUGCUGCUUCCUUUAACUUGAGCUAUGUUUUUAACACGACCAACAGCUCGUACGAGGACUACCUCCACCUGUCAGACUCUGAGAAAGCUGACUCUGUGGGAGAUGGAGCCGCUGUUGUAAGGAUUAUCAUCUCGAUCAUUUACUCUCUGGUUUGCGCGCUGGGUCUGGUUGGAAACUUGUUGGUCUUGUACUUAAUGAAGUCUAAACAUGUGUGGAAAAAAUCCUCCAUCAACCUUUUCGUAACUAGUUUGGCGGUGACUGACUUCCAGUUCGUCCUGACUCUGCCCUUCUGGGCUGUGGAAAACGCUUUGGACUUCACUUGGCUUUUCGGCAAAGCGAUGUGCAAGAUAGUGUCCUAUGUGACGGCAAUGAACAUGUACGCCAGCGUUUUUUUCCUGACCGCCAUGAGCGUGGCGAGGUACUGGUCACUCGCGUCUGCCCUGAAAGGCAGGCGGAGGCGGGCUCACUGCUGUUCCGCGCGGUCCAUCACCGUUAUCAUCUGGGUUUCCGCAGUCUCCGCCGCUCUGCCGCACGCGGUUUUCUCCACGACGGUGACAGUUUCCAACGAGGACCUGUGCCUCGUCAAAUUCCCGGAAACCAACGGAUCGGCGCAGUUUUGGCUCGCGCUCUAUCACUCUCAAAAAGUGUUGCUUGGCUUCGUGGUGCCUCUGGGCAUCAUCUCAGCCUGCUACCUGCUCCUUUUGCGCUUCAUCACCUCCAAAAACAUCAACACCUCGAGCGCCAAGCGACGCGCCAAAGUCACAAAGUCCGUCACCAUAGUGGUCUUGUCCUUCUUUCUUUGCUGGCUGCCCAACCAGGCUCUCACAGCCUGGGGCAUCCUCGUGAAACUCAACGUGGUUCACUUCAGUUAUGAGUACUACAGCAUGCAAGUGUACGUGUUCCCCGUGUCCGUGUGCCUUGCGCACUCCAACAGCUGCCUGAAUCCCAUCCUGUACUGUCUUAUGAGGCGGGAGUUCAGAAAAGCGCUGAAAAAACUCUUCUGGCGGAUGACAUCGCCGACUCUGACCACCUUAAGACCGAUCACAGCCACCACAAAGCCGGAGGCGGACGAGCAAGGGCAGGUCCUGGUCCCCGUGUGCGCACCCGAGGAGCCCGCAGUGGUGUUUUAUCCUCCAGGGGAAGUGAUUUACAAUGACAGGCGAGACCUACCCCAGAACAGCGCUUAA